AUGGUCCAUCUGAUGUUCAUGGGUUACGCCGGAAGGAACUUUGCAAGCAGACAUAAUCUCGAUCGUGAUCGACUAAUUCAACAAGCCGAGAAAUCCUUGCAGGCGAUUCACGAUCUACUCGUGCUUCAGGGCGAUCCAAUACCCAACAACAUGGUCGAGGAAAAUGGACGGGUGAUGUUUAUUGAUUUUGAGCGGGCAGCGUUGCAAACCCGACGAAUACCACUAGGUGAAAUUUCACCUAAUCAGAAACGCAAGCGAGAGGCCUGCUCAGAGAAGAGCCCAAACAUGCAUGUUAACUGUUUUGAGCGCGAGAAGCGACACCUGAGACAUGGAUUAUGA